UGCCAUGCAUUUCCGGAAACGAAACCGACUUUUGACAGGUCCGGGAUAGGCCUAGCUCCUAAAAAGCUCUGUUUACUCAAAUUUCCUUCCAUGGAAUUUGACAAUGGGUAUUCAAAUAUGAAAAUGGUUAAUUGUGUCUUAAAUGUUGAUACAUAAAUGAGUCAAAUAGCAACCUAAAACUGAAAGGUCUCUGUUAUGAGCAACGGGCACCUGCGACCCUCCUCCCGUGGGGGGCUGUUUGGUAAGAAAAAUGAAGACUACGUUUACAGUGGAGCUCAAGUCCAGAAUGUCAAAAAGAACCGGGUAUAUGUUUUCGGGGACACCGAUGUGGCGGAUGAUGAAGUCGUUGAAUUUGAAAUGGAAAUGCGAUCAAGAAAAGCGCCUAAGACCAUCGACCCAAAGGAAAAAGAACCUAUUUACUUCGAAAGAGAAGUCGCAGAAGGCGAUAGUUUACGAAGUCUGGCUCUUCAGUACGGUUGUGCGGUGUCGGAACUGAAAAGAAUCAACAACUUUAUACAAGAUCAGGAUUUCUAUGGUUAUAAAGUAGUAAAGGUGCCUUUAAAAAGGCAUUCAUUCCUGACGGAACAAAUCGCACGGGGGAAGGAAGAACAGACAAAACAGCAAUCAAGGACAGCACAGAGCAAUGGUAUGACGGUGGUGGAUGAAACAUGUGAAAGCAGUCAUGAUUUACAAGAUGAGACAGACAACGAUUCAAUUUGUGACAUGAGUGACCCUGAAACUCAAAAUUUGAUCAUACGAACAUUGAGUAUAAGCGAAGCACUCAAUAGCCAGUCUCGAGAUGCUAAAAACUUUUUACAUAACAUGGACAAGGAUUUGUCAGAAAUCAGACGUGCAAAUGACAGAACAAAUCGUCGCUCACUUGAUGAAGUUGUGUCUUUGUUAACUAACCGAACAAUUAGGCCUUUCCCGAAAAAUAGGAACAAGAGCGACGGUGCCAACUGGGGGAUUUCCUGGAAAUCACUUGUAAUUGGUCUUAUUGCCUUAGUAGUUAUAUGUCCUGUGAUAUUCUAUCUUUUUGUUAAAUAUUCCUAACAAUAGUUAUAAAGACUACUAGUUGUCAGGCAGUUAUAGGAAGGCUACAAAGUUAUUCAUAUAUUUAAUACUGCUAGAGUAAACAAAAAUUAUCCAUCUGCCGUUUUGUUAAUGUUGACAUCGUGUGAUGGGAGAAAGUUAUGAACAGAGACCAGAGGGCCUAACCAAGACUGACCCUUGUUCAUUGUGACAAGGGAAACAACUCCUUGUACACUAAGCAGAUGAAUCAAUAAAUCUUUCUUGUAGAUAUCUUAUAUGGUUACUUGAGCAUUGUCCAAAAUAACCGGUUAGUGCUCUGUGCAGAGAACAUCCUUCUCUGUGUAUACAUAUUUGAUAAAGUAAUUUUUUACUGCUCAAAAUAACUUGUUAGGCUGAAAAUAUUGCUGAAAUUUAUGUUUUAGUCAUUCGGCUCAAAGAGGAUAAAUAUGGAUAAUUUUAUUGAUAUUAGCAGGAUACAUUACUAGUACAUGUAUAGACAAAUACAUUGUUUUAGUGUUGGUAUACUUUUAUUCUGAGGUCUAAGGUCAAAUGUAUAACUAUAAGAUCUUGUCGGGCAUUGAAAUCACAUAAAUAUCUUAUACAACGAGGAAGAAACUUGAAUGAACUAAUAGUCUUCUUGUUUUUUAGAAGAAUGAUGUUACAUUUAGGCUGUAACUACCAAGGUAUUGUAAUGCACAACCUAUUGUUUGUGGCAUAAAAUGCAGGACAUUUUAUAUAAAUUUACACGUCAUGACAUGGCAAUGCAUAUUCUGACCUUAUAGCCAACAUAGGAUCCUUAUUGGCAAGAUUACUUAAUUACUCAUUAAGCGAGGUAUACAGAGUUAGAUGUUUACAAAAAAUAAUUAACAUAAAUACCAGUUGGUUAUAAGUAUGAGUUUGCAAUAAGCAGGUUCAAUAUAACUCUUCUUCACUGGAUACGAUUAAUAAGCUUCUUCCUUAGAACCAGUUUAACAGGGUAGAGGGAAGGGGCUUUAUAUCAAGCAUGUAGUUAUCAUAGUUAUUAUUGUACAUACAGUUCCUUAAUAUAUAAACACUGAACACUUUCUGUAAGAGUUGCUAAAACUUUAUUGAAAAAAUUAACAGAACGUUAUUAUACAUACACCUGUAUGUUUGUGAAUAUAGAGACCAUGUAUACUUGUAUGUGUGUGAAUGAAGAGGAAUGUUUUAAGAGAAAUACUAAGUUAAGUUAAUUUGCUAAUGUAUAUGUCUGCUUAUAUGUGAACCUUGUUGUGGUACAUGUCAUAUAAAUUUGUUUUAACUACUGUGUAGCUAAACAUAAUGUAUUCUGUUAAAUAUUUCGUCCGGAUCAAUUAACAUCAUGUACAGGAAAACAUGUUGAGUUCUCAUACUCAUAUAAUAGUUAUUGAAAAACUUAGUUUUAAUUUUAUUCAUUACAUGGUCAGAUUAUUGAUCACACAUCACAAAGUGAAGUGAGCAUGGAGGGUACACAUGCCACAGGUGGGCAAUUAUUAAAAAUAACAAAAAAUAAACAAUAGCAUUGGUUCAAGAAUACGUACAUGUACUGACUUUAAUAUUUGAUUGUCGUGUAUUACAUACUCUUUAUCUACGUAUCACUAUCUAAAUGUCUCUUUAUCUACGUAUCACUAUCUGAUGGUCUGUCUGGUUUACUUAUGGUAAAGGGUCAAAUUUGCAUAUCCCAGUUGAAAUGGUUCAGGUGGCGCAUAAAUAUUCUGUAGUAAACGAAUGCACUUGAAAUGAACUGUAGGCAGAGCUAAAAAAUGCACAGUUUCAGAGUUUUGUUACAAAUAGAUAAAAAUGUUCAAGAAUAAUAUGUCCUUCUUCGCAAGUCCAUUAAGUUAAACAACAUAUCUUCAAAUGUUGACCUUGUUUUAUAAAGAAUUAACGCAAACUAGCAGUAUUCAGCAUUUCAGUUCCGGUCAGGCACGUCUGGACCUCUCGAUAUGCCCAAUAUUCCUAAAGUGAGCCUCAGUUCAGAUCUGAGCCUGUCAUUGUCUUUUCAUGAUCAGCUGGUUGAAUUGUUUGACCAUGAAGGGGCCCAGGUUUUCCAGUGUAAAAUUUGUUGCAAUAACAGUCGGUGAUAAAUGUGUACAAAUGGCCUUAUAUAUGUAUGGUUUUAUUUGAAUUAAUAGAACUUAACCAUUCCAUAUAACAUGUAUACAGAAGUCGAGCAGCUAAACAUAGAUAUCCCUGUGUUUGUAGUUAAUGGAAAUCUGACAAUGUAGUGAUUUCAGUGACUAGAUAGAGAAAUGGUGAUUUCACAAUCAAUUCAAAGUAUUGGUGAUAGAUUACUUCAUAUUUAAUUAGAAGUCAUUUCACAUCAUUUAUAUGCAUCAUCACAUUUCCAUGGUGGUUGUCUCCAAAAAUAACACAGUGUAUUGUUAGAUAACUUUCAUAUUUUCAUUAUCCCCUGUUUUCAUUUCAACCCACAAUUAAUGUACUGUACGUCCCCAUAAAUCCCAUUUCUAUCUGCUAAACCUGUACUGAGGGAGUUGUUUUAUAGAGAUUCCUGGAGUCUUACAAACGGAACACUAUUAAAGAGGGACCAAAACUCUUCAAUUAGAAGAAUAAUCAUCACCAAAUGUUAGGUUACAAUAAUAGUAAGAUGAUAUGAUAAAAAAAGGCUUUGGAAUAGUAAAACAACAGCAACAGGGAAUACAAGAUAACUAAGUUUAUAACAGCAACACUUGACUGCAUAUACCAGACCUAUCAAAUGAGGACUACACAUUGAUUAAAGCGUACCUAAAGAUAGACAUUCCAGGGUUAAAAUUUAAAGGGAUUUCUGAUUUUAUCCAGGGUUAGAAAUUUGGAAAAGAAAAAAAUAUUAUGUAAGUUGAGUGUCAAACCUAUUUUACAACUAAAAAAGACACACCAAAUUUUGAUACUGUGCCUUCUUCAGACUGCAUUUUUAAAAGGCUAGUUUAUGUACUGUUACUGGAAAAUCUAAGUCUUCUAUAAACUAUGAUAUCACUGUCAAUAGAGGAGUGUUGUCAUACAAUAUCAUGAAAAUAAUGGGAAGCCAUUUAUAAAGAAUCAUAGUAGUCAUGGUUGUGUUUGAUAAUCUUUGGACGGCCAAUCUUACAGCAUUACUGUAGUGAUACACUAACUAUAUAGGUACAUGUCUGCACACAGCUAUACGACACCAGUGAUUACACAUACAAGUCAAUAUUUAUCUAGAAAUACUUUGAACUAGAACAGUUUGCCUUACCAGCUGUUUGUCCUCAACCUUUUGAAACAGCCCUGCUUAGUAUUGAUCACAACUAUGUAUACUCUGCUAACUGUAUGGAAAUUCACUUUGUUUCUUCCCAUGUUAGAUAGGUCUUGCUUCAGCUAAAUGGGAAAUAGAAAAGGAGGCAAACAUUUCGGUAAUUUAUCAACCUGAAUUCUUUUAUCAGAAUUGUCUUCGUUCUCCGAUUGGUUGUUCAGGUUGUAAUAUCAGUUUAUCAUAUUUAUAGGACCACUAUUUAUAUCCUUACUAUUACAGUGAUGUGUAAACCUACUGAUCAAUAACUGAACAAUUAACCAAACUCUAGCUAAUAAUAUACAUUGGCAAUUUAGUGUAAAACUAUAUUAACUCAGGAUUUGAUAGAAGAUGCUUGUAUAUUGACUGGCAAGCAAAAAAAGUUCAAUAUUUGCACAUUUUGCUUCAAAACUUUCAUUAAAACUGUGUUUGUUAAAAGUGUGAUGAGAGUUUACAUAGAACAAGGUAUUUAGUGCUUUAAUCAUAAUUGUUUCUUGUAUGUAAGUUUUACAAAAUGAUGCUUUAAUUAAUUAUAUGAGGAUCAGUAUCACAUUGGAAAAUAUGGACCAGAACAGCAAUGCUAUGAACCAGUGCUAAAAAUGUCUUCUUUAACUUAUCUGUUUAUUGGUGAAAAGGCUAGUUUCUGUUAUGAUGAAGCAUGAUUAUAAUCAUGAUAUUAGAAGUAUUAUUAUUUACAUUGUAAUCGUGACCAUGUAGGCCGUGGAUACAUUUUCUGUGCACAAUGAUCAAUAUAUAAUCAACAAUCUGUAGAUAAAUAUUCUGCAUUCCACGAUUUGAAUGUUAGAUGUAUAUUCUUUGUUCAGUGGUAUGUAGAUACAUGUGUUCACUCAGUGAGUUUUGUGGAACUUGCCCACAUUUUGAGAACCUCCUUUAUCCCUUAGUAAUAAGACUCAUCAUUUUUUUUAAUAUGACACUUAGGACUCAUCUCUACAAAAUCCUACAAAAGUCACUGUUCAAUGAUCGGUAGCUACAGUAUAUAAUAUAGAUACAUAUUGUGUGUUCAAUGAUUAAUAUUGAGCAAGGUGGACUUCAGCUAAUUGUUACUAAGCAAAGGCUGAUCUCCAGUAAAAUGCUCAUAAUAUUUUGUUUCAAGCACCUCUGUGUGAUCUAAACUGCCUUCCUAUAAAAGCAAGCUUGUUGUAAAAUAUAUUUCUACUGUUUUCACUGCAUCUGCUUUUGGCAGAAGUAGUCUGCAAGAAAUGUUAAAUUGAAAUAUAUGUUAAAGACAUGUUGAUGAGCUACUUAAUUAGCUGUGGAUACUGUAGUUGAUUGGCCUGGGUUUAUCGGAACUGAUAUAGCCUUUAGUCAGAAUACUUGUACAUGUGUAACACAGGUCAGUGAGCUAACAGAUCCACAACUACACACUGCUGCUUCAGGUCAGUGAGCUAACAGGUCCACAGCUACACACUGCUGAUUCAGGCCAGUGAGCUAACAGGUCAACAGCUACAAUGUACACACUGCUGCUUCAGGUCAGUGAGCUAACAGAUCCACAGCUACACACUUCAGCUUCAGGUCAGUGAGCUACCAGGUCCACAGCUACACACUUCAGCUUCAGGUCAGUGAGCUGACAGGUCCACAGCUACACACUUCAGCUUCAGGUCAG